CUUUCUGGUAUUCAGUCAAAAAGUAAUAUUAACAUUGUUGCUUUUUAAUUUCAAUUGCAAAUCUAUGGUGGACAAAAUGAGCCGUAGAUUAACAUUUUAGUAACAGGUUAUAAUUAUAAUCCCUGAUUUGUUAAUCUGUGUUGGAUUUCUGAUGUUAAUAAAUGAAAAACGGGGGAGGGGGUCUGUUCGUAUGUCUCACCUUUCUUUUUGUCUUGUGUCUCUAUGCUGUUCUUCAGUUUUGUAAACUAUCAGAAGCUUUAACCUGUAUAAAAUCUGUUUGUUCAUCAGGUGUGUUUGGUGAUUCAGUGUCAGUGAUGGAGGGAGAUUCUGUCACUUUAUACACUGAUCUUACUGAAUUACAUGAAGAAGACAACAUACUGUGGAGAUUUGGAGCUGAAAACUCUCUCAUAGCUAAAAUCAGCACUGAGAACCAAAUCUUCUCCACAUCUGAUGUUCUUGAUGGGAGAUUCAGAAACAGACUGAAGCUGGACGAUCAAACUGGAUCUCUGACCAUCACAAACAUCACAACUGAACAUGCUGGAGUUUAUCAACUAGAGAUAAGGGGAGUAAAACUGACAACAAAAACAUUCAGUGUUUCUGUCUAUGCUCGUCUGCCUGUUCCUGUCAUCAGCAGUAACUCUUCACAAUGUUCGUCAUCAUCAUCAUCAAAUUGUUCAUUGGUGUGUUCAGCUGUGAAUGUGAGUCAUGUGACUCUCUCCUGGUACAAAGGAAACAGUUUAUUGUCCAGCAUCAGUGUGUCUGAUCUCAGCAUCAGUCUCUCUCUACCUCUGGAGGUGGAAUAUCAGGAUAAAAACACCUACAGCUGUGUGCUGAACAAUUCAUUCACUAACCAAACAAGACAUCUGGACUACAUCACUCAACUCUGUCACACGUGUUCAACAGUAGAGAGUUGUUCUCUGCUGUUUCUGCUGGAUCUCUGUUCAUUAUGGCUGGAUUUGGGAUCUUCUGCAUCUACAGGAAACUCAGAAAAACUGAACAGCAAGUUCAGACUCACGAAGAUGAGAUCAUUUACACUGAGCCAACGUUCAACAAAAGAAAUGCACAUAAAUCAAAAGGUGAAGAGGACGAUAAUGUGGAUUAUGCACCAAUCACAAAGAGAAGAUGAUCAAACUUCAGUGUUAGCUGUGUGACCUGUGACCUUUUUUUUUUUUUUUUUUUUUUUGUGGGAAUUGGUCAUACCGAGGGGUUUAAAGUGUGAAAUGGUCUCUUAAAAACUUCAAAAUCACUUACCUUGUAAUACAAUGACAUAAAUUAUAAUUAAUUUUUAACCCUUAAAUGUGUGAAAAUCUCAUGAAAACUAUGUAAAAUGUAGAUGCAAAAUACUCAUCAAAAGGAGUGAAGAAUCUGCUAUUGUCAUAUUUAUUUACAUCUCUACACAAAUGCGGUUUGAUCUGUUAGACAGCUUGUUCUUGAGAAUGUGUCUAAUGUUAGUCACUUGUGGUUGAUGUCUGUUUGCGAGUGUGUCUCUGAGGUGUGGAAAGUGUCUGUGAGAAUAGCGUGCGGUUGAAGGGCUUUUUCCAUUCCUGCUCGCAUGAGGCCAUAUUUCCAUUCUGCUCUACACAAAACCUAUAUUUAACUUAUCAAUGCUGUUGUUUGACAUAAACGUCUUGAAUCAUACAGAGUAUUUACUGUUUAAUAUGAAAAUAUAUAUUUUGUGUGCAUAUGCAUCUUGAUCUUUUUAAGAAUUUUAAGAAUAAUUGCAAUGUGUGAUUUACAGUUUAUGAUUGAUGGUUGUUAAUAAUUAGUUUAAAUCAGUUUUAAGGUGAAACUAACUAAAAGUAGUAGUGCUGAUUAUAAUAAUCUUUUAUUUUCAGUAGCAUAACAGUGCCGCUGUCCAAAGUAAAAUAUAAAUUGUCAAUU